AAUAAAAUCGAAAAUUUAUCUCUGUCAUAAAUAUAAUCGAAAACCUAAGAUUUUUUGUAAAUUUGUAUUUCUAGUAAUCAUAUAUAAGAUACGAUAUAUUACAUUGACACUAAUCAAUAUGACUAGUUAGUACUAGUUAAAGCAACCAAAGUGAAGUUGCUUGAAAUCCUCACAAAACGAUUUAGUUUUGUUUUUUUUUGUUUCGUUCAGAGGUUUGUGAUUUUAACUGCCCCGAUGCCUGAAAGUAUAAAACGUUUUAGGACAACAUGUAUGACAUGUUGUCGGAAUUUCGAGUAUCAGAGUUUGAUUCAUUUGUUGAUAUAUUAAGAUUGACUCCAGGCGACCCGUUAGAUACUUUUGGUGAAAUGUGGUAUCCCGUGUUUUUGUGGUCAUUGUGCUCGUCUGCGUUUGUUCAUACUUGUGCAGCACUAGUCGCUUUCGGAACUCUAAGAAAGCACAAAUAUGGGAAGUUUUUUCCUGUAUUGUUAAUAGUGAUGGGUGUGGUGAGUCCAGUUACAUCAGGAGUAGCUACUAGCGCUGCUAUUGCGUUUAUUUACCGAGCCGCUAACCUAGCCAUGCCUCCUAUACAUGCCAUGAUAUGGGGUAUAGGACAGACUAUACUGGGAGCUGGUAUUGGAUUCACAAGAAUUUUAGCUACCUUGUAAUGGUCAAAAACUAUAUCACUACAUUUUCUACAAUAAAGUUCAACAAUAAUGAACAUCUAAGUUCAAAGCUAUAGCUAUGUCAAUUAUAAUAGUGUAUAAUAAGGUGAAGAGAUCUUAAGAAAUGGUGCUGAAUUUCGCAGAGUUUCUUAAUAUGUUUGCAUCAUAAAGAUAAAUACUCAUUAGUGUACAUUUUGUGCUCGCUAUUUGUAGUGAUAUUUUUUUCAUUCUUUGAGGAUGUUUUAUUUGCAAAUUGUAGAUAUUAAUUAACCUUAUUGUAAAGGAAUUUGUAAAGAUUGUAAACCAUCCAUGUUUUUGUAGAGUAUAAUCUUAUCAUAUUAUGAAAAUUAUAACAAGAAAAUAUUUGAUACAACUAUUUAUGUAGAUUUCAGUUUGAAUAUCACUUUGUAAAUACUUAAUUAUUAAAAACUUGACUGAAAAUUGACAAAGUGCUUUUGAUAAUAUUCAUAGAUAUAAAUGUAAUAUGCAUUCCAUAACAACUACAAAAUUGUCUAAAAUAUUAUUCAUAAUUAAAUGCUUAUGACAAUGUAAGUUUUUAUGUUAAAAAAUCUUCAUUAAGGUAUAACCAUGCAUAAUUAAUGUUGUAACAGUUGUUAAAGAAAAACAUAAAGAUUGUUGAAUUGAUUUGGGUUAAAUGUUGUCAGUUAUUAGUGCUAGAAAGUCCCCACCGAUAUUGUUUGAAAAAAAAGUGCACAUUUUUUGUGAUAGUAAAUUAUGAUAGCUUUAAAAAUGAGUGCAAUGAAUUUCAAAAUGUAUUCAUAUUUGUAAAUAUUAGUCAAAAUUGUUACAAUUGGCAAAGAUUUUUUUUGUAUAUUUCUGGUGUUUUUCUUUUUUUAGAUUUAUGUUUGUACUUAUCAAGAAAAAUAAGUUUUAAGUGAAUUACCACUUAUUGGACAUUUCUAUGUAUAAUUUUUUUUUUCAGUUGAGAAUAGAUAAUUCCGAUAAUUUAUUUCAUUUUAAUCACUUGGCUGGAUACUUAUGAAAUAAUAUAUUUUUUGUUGUCAUCAAUUUAUAACUCCACCAAUGACUCUGUUUAAUGUGUUAAAGUUUAUAAACAUAAACAAAUAAAGUGUACAUUCAUAAAAAGUUAAUAAACUCAAUUUAGGUAUUGAGUUAGUAACCUAAAUAUUAGAAAAUAUAUAAUAGUAGCUUAAACUCUGUGUAAAUUAUGUAGUUCUUAAAUUUUAUAUGUAUUAUUGAAAUGUAUAAGUUUUUCAAUAUAAAAAGAA